AUGCUAAACAAGCCCGACCCUCGCGACGAACGUAAGGUGUGGUUCAAGGACAUGGAGCACGCGCGGCCACUGCGAAUCCUGUGCCAGAGCGGCCAGGACCUGAGCCUCACUGUUCGUGACGGCACUGCCGUCCUCGCCCGCGCCGACGACAAGGACAAACGGCAGUGCUGGGUCCAGAGCUUUCGGAACACCGGCCGCGUGACGGACGACAAGGGACACCUCGCGUUCGCGCUCGUGAACUGGGCCACCGGCAAGGCGCUGCGGCGCUGCAGCGGCAGCGGCAGCGGCAGCGAGCUGGUUGGCCUCGUCGGCCACAGUCCGGACUCCGUGGACGUGGCACUGCUCUGGACCCAGAGCGAGGACCUUGGGGAGGGGUACCACGGCCUCCGCUCCGUGUCCGACGUCGGUGUCGUCCUCGACGCGGCGAACGCCGUGCCUGAGACCGGAGGCGCGCACGACGGCACGCCCAUCCUUGUCUUCCCGUGGAACGGCGGCAACAACCAGAAGUGGAAGAUGGUUCCGUUCUAUGGAUGA